UUUUUUUUUUUUCUCUAGAGCAAGUCUGCUGUGGCGGUUUGUGAGGUGGCAGAACACCCUCUGCAACCUCAACUAACUUUUUAAGCCACUCAGAGACACCACCACCACCACCAGCAGCAGCAGCAGCAGCAGCAGCAGCAGCACCAACAAGAACACAAAGUCUAGAUUAUAAAGACGACUGAUAGGCUGGAAAUAGACCCUUCUGCUGCUGGAAGAAAUCCAAGGCUGACUUUUUUUUUUUUUUUUGUGAGUGAGUGUGUGUGUGUGUGUAUGUGUGUGUGCGUGCGUGUGUGUGUGAGUGUGACAGUGUCUGAGAUACUGCUGCUGCUGCUCUGAAGGGGAGAAUCACACUGCAGUUUGUGAGGAUGGCAGAGUCAAAAAGGAGAUGAAAAGAGGAGAGCUGAGGAGGUUUGUGCGCGGAACUUCACAGUCUUUUGUCCUGAGCUCUCCCUGCACUGUUGGACCGGAGCUGACAAUGAAGAUGAGCGUGGAAUGCAGAUGGAUUGGUCAAGACAAGUUCCCAAUAUAGAGCUUCCUGUUUGGAGUUACACCUGAGAGACACUGUGUCUGAUGGAUUACGGUGUUUUCUAUGAGCUGCUGACAUGAAUUCAGAGGCCAGUGAGACGUGGAAGUGCUCGCCUUCAGGAGAAAUUUGAGACCCGGAUGAGCCCUCGAGCACAACGAGAACAUUUAAGUGAAGGAGACAAACCAUGGACUUGUUAUGGUGUGGCAUCGGACCGACCGUGCGCUUUUAACCCAUUUGUAGCACCCUCUACCCCCACCCCAUGUCACAUCUUUCCCUGAAUUAUGGAAAUUUUGUGGAAGACGCUCACUUGGACACUGAGCCUGGUGGUGAUGGCUGCUUCUGAAUUUCAAAGCGUCAACAGACUUUCACACAACUCUCAAGAGGAGUUCCUGUCCUACCUGCAGCACUACCAGUUGACUGUCCCGGUGCGGGUAGACGAAAACGGAGAGUUCCUGAGCUACACUGUGAAGCAACACCGGCCGGGCCGACGGAGACGGGGGGCCGUGGACCCCAUAAUGGGACCGGUGCCCUCGUUGGACCCGGACCCUCCAGAGUCCCGGCUGUUCUACAGACUGUCAGCCUACGGAAAGCACUUUCACUUAAACCUGACACUCAACCCCCACCUGGUGUCGAAACAUUUUACAGUGGAGUACUGGGGCAAAGAAGGGCUGGAGUGGCGUCAUAACAUGGUAGAUAACUGUCACUAUAUAGGAUUCCUGCGAAAUCAGCACAGCACGACCAGAGUGGCUCUCAGCAACUGCAAGGGCCUGCAUGGUGUUAUAACAACAGAGGAAGAACAGUAUUUAAUAGAGCCAUUAAAGAACAUAUCCUCCACCACCUCCAGUGAAUGGAACCUGGAAGAAGCACAGCAACAUGUUAUUUAUAAAAUGUCUGCCAUUCCCUCACCGCAAGAGCAUAGCCAGGAGUUCAGCUGUGGCAUUUCAGACCUCAUCAAAACCAGUGCACCUUGCCAGUUUAGCACACCUUACCCUGUCCAAACGUCCCCUGUUCCCCAAAAUGACAGCGAGCGGUUGAAUAGCACCCACAGACAGAGACGCUCUGUCAGCACUGAGCGCUUUGUGGAGACGCUAGUUGUCGCCGAUAAAAUGAUGGUCGGUUACCACGGACGCAAAGACAUUGAGCACUACAUCUUAUCUGUAAUGAAUAUUGUUGCCAAACUUUACCGUGAUGCCAGUCUAGGAAAUGUUGUGAACAUUAUUGUAACCCGGCUGAUUGUUCUGACUGAAGAUCAGCCUAACCUGGAGAUUAACCAUCAUGCUGACAAGUCUCUGGACAGUUUCUGCAAAUGGCAGAAGUCCAUCUUGUCUCAUCACAGUGAUGGCAACAGCAUUCCUGAAAAUGGGAUGGCUCAUCAUGACAACGCUGUCCUAAUCACCCGAUAUGACAUCUGCACCUACAAGAACAAACCCUGUGGUACCUUAGGCUUGGCCUCGGUGGCUGGAAUGUGUGAGCCGGAGAGGAGCUGCAGCAUCAAUGAAGACAUCGGCCUCAGUUCUGCUUUCACCAUUGCGCACGAGAUCGGCCACAAUUUUGGGAUGAACCAUGAUGGGAUUGGGAAUUCCUGUGGCACCAAAGGCCACGAGACAGCCAAACUGAUGGCCGCUCAUAUAACAGCCAACACCAACCCUUUCUCUUGGUCUGCCUGCAGCAAAGACUACAUCACCAGCUUUCUUGACUCAGGUCGGGGGACGUGUCUGGACAAUGAACCUCUGAAACGAGACUUCCUGUACCCAACAGUGGCCCCGGGGCAGGUGUACGAUGCAGAUGAGCAGUGUCGCUUCCAGUACGGAGCCUCCUCACGCCAGUGCAAGUAUGGGGAAGUGUGUAGAGAGCUCUGGUGCCUUAGCAAAAGCAACCGCUGUGUAACAAACAGUAUUCCUGCGGCAGAGGGGACUCUGUGCCAGACUGGCAGCAUUGAGAAGGGGUGGUGCUACCAGGGGGAGUGCGUUGCAUUCGGAACCUGGCCUCAGAGUGUGGACGGAGGCUGGGGGCCCUGGUCCCUGUGGGGGGAGUGCAGCAGGACCUGUGGGGGCGGUGUAUCCUCCUCCAUGAGGCACUGUGACAGCCCAGCUCCAUCCGGAGGAGGCAAGUACUGUCUUGGAGAGAGGAAACGCUACAGAUCCUGUAACACUGACGCCUGCCCUGUAGGAUCCCGUGAUUUCCGAGAGAAGCAGUGUGCUGAUUUUGACAGCAUGCCUUUCCGUGGGAAAUACUACAACUGGAAGCCUUACACUGGUGGUGGCGUGAAGCCCUGUGCACUGAACUGCUUGGCAGAGGGCUACAACUUCUACACAGAACGCUCUCCUGCAGUCAUAGAUGGCACCCGAUGUCAGGCUGACUCUCUGGACAUUUGCAUCAAUGGCGAGUGUAAGCACGUGGGCUGCGACAACAUCCUGGGAUCUGAUGCUAAAGAAGAUCGAUGCCGCGUGUGUGGAGGGGAUGGCAGCACCUGCGAGGCCACGGAGGGACUCUUCAAUGAGUCUCUGCCCAGAGGAGGCUACAUGGAGGUGGUUCAGAUCCCAAAAGGAUCGGUUCACAUCGAGAUUAAAGAAGUUGCCAUGUCCAAGAAUUAUAUUGCUUUGAAAUCUGAAGAGGAUGAUUAUUACAUCAACGGAGCGUGGACCAUUGACUGGCCCAGAAAGUUUGACAUUGCAGGGACGGCCUUCCACUACAAGAGACCCUCUGAUGAACCAGAGUCUUUAGAGGCCCUGGGAGCUACCACUGAAAACCUGGUUGUCAUGGUCCUCCUUCAGGAACAGAACAUGGGAAUACGCUACAAAUUCAACGUGCCCAUCCAGCGCACGGGAAGUGGCGACAACGAGGUGGGCUUCUCCUGGCACCACCUGCCCUGGUCUGAAUGCUCAGCUACCUGCGCUGGAGGUUCCCAAAAGCAGGAGGUGGUGUGUAAGAGGUUGGACGACAACUCGGUGGUGCAGAACAGCUACUGUGACCCAGACAGCAAACCCCCGGAGAACCAGAGGGACUGCAACACCGAGCCGUGUCCCCCAGAGUGGUUUAUUGGUGACUGGUCAGAGUGUGGGAAGACAUGUGAUGGUGGGAUAAGGACGAGGACAGUCUUGUGUAUCAGGAAGAUUGGCCCUGCUGAGGAGGAGACACUGGAGGACACCCACUGUCUGACUCACCGACCUAUCGAACGCGAGUCCUGCAACAACCAGUCCUGCCCGCCAAAGUGGGUCACUCUGGAUUGGUCCGAGUGCACACCUAAAUGUGGCCCCGGGUAUAAGCACCGCAUCGCCUUGUGUAAGAGCAGUGACCUGACAAAGACCUUCCCGCCCGCCCAAUGCCCGAGCCACAACAAACCUCCGGUCCGAAUCCGCUGCAGUUUAGGGCGCUGUCCUCCUCCUCGCUGGAUCCCUGGUGAAUGGGGACAGUGUUCGGCGCAGUGCGGCCUGGGCCAACAGAUGAGGACGGUGCAGUGUCUGUCGUACACAGGUCAGCCGUCUAAUGAGUGCGCAGAGUCCCUCCGCCCCACCAACAUGCAGCAGUGCGAGAGCAAGUGUGAUGCCACCCCCAUCUCUAAUGGCGACGAAUGCAAAGAUGUAAACAAAGUGGCCUACUGCCCGCUGGUUCUGAAGUUCAAGUUCUGCAGCCGAGCGUACUUCAGACAGAUGUGCUGCAAGACCUGCCAGGGGCACUGACCCUUGGAGAACGAGAGCGAGAUGUAGUGAGAGAAGAGAGAGAAAGGCAAGAAAAAGAUGGGGGGAGGCUGAUACAGCACUGAAAUGGAGAGAAGAAGAAAACAGGGCAUACUGGAAAACAAAACUCUGGACCAGUGGAAGACAGACGAAGAGCUCUGCUGACAAAAGAGGUGGAGAGAAAUAAGGUUAUCCCUGUUUAUCACACCUGAUCCUCCUGCCCUCCAUCACGGUGGAAUCCAAACCACUGCUCAGCUCAUAACGCUGACACAAACUCUUUUUUUUUUUUUUUUUUUUUUUUUUUUUAAUGUUCACUUCUGUGAAGUGGAACUUGGAAGAUUAUUUUUUGGUGAUGUUAUUUUUAUUAUAAUAAUAAUUAUUGAUAUCAUUGUUAGUCUUCCUCCAUGUUUGUUGUUUUUAUGAAUCCAAAGUGCUGGACACAUCGCUCACAGAGGAUGUACCCCUGGAGACGGACAGACAGAAGAGGGGAAUGGGAGUUGAAAGUGUCGGACUCCUGUCUUUGGGAUGACUGUGACGGUGCUAUUGGCAGGCAGACUUUUGGCUUCGGUGCACUUUUUGUGUAAAUACUAUUAUUUACAAUUUACCGCUCAAAUACGACAGAGAAACCCCAUCAGUGUACUGUAUAUUUAUUGUACAAUUCCAAACAGAGCUGAGAUAUUGUCCUCUGAUCAUGUUUUUGUCAGAUAGUAGCCUACUGUCAUGGAAGGGAAUGUAAUGUGAUUGAAUUUCAAUGUCUCUGUGCUGGAAUGAAAAUAUUACAUACUGUAACAUACGUUAAACCCUUAUAUACUGUAAGGAUUUGUAUAUUAUAUAUAAUGUUAAUCCUGGACCAGAAAAUACCACAUAGUUAUUGGAGAAUUUCCAAAUAAUAUUUUUCUUUCCCCAGACGGGUGCCUUAGUUCCUAGUACUCAAAUGAAAGUUCACCCAGUGUCAGUCCAAAGUAGUAGGAAGAUAUUGUCAGACGGUGCCUGGGCCACAUGAAACACUGUUACCAAACUGGCCUUUACUAAACAUCCUUUUGAGGAGCUUUCAGUUCACUAUUGAAGGAUUCAUUUUGAAGGAGCAUAUUCUAUAAAGCAGCUUGUCCAUUGGAGUCACAGUGCAGUCACUAUUUCCUAUUCUUUUCAAGCAGGAUGAUUAUUUAAUCAGAUGUCGGUAUUUUUGCGUUUCAGCAGCAAGCGAAGACUGUCAUGGUUUUAGUGCUGAUAAGAGUGAAAGGAAUAGUUUGGAAAAUGUGUUUAUUUGCCUUCUUGUUGUAAGUUAACUAUGAAGAUCGAUACCACUCUCAUGCCUGCACAGUCUUUAUGAAGCCAGAUCCAGGAGGCAGUUAGAGUUUAGCAUAAAGACUGGAAAAAGGCUCUGUCCAAAGGUUAAAAAAUCCUCCAUGCAGUGUUGGCUGAAAGGGAAGAACAUCCUGGGAGUGUUCACACAUUAGAAGGUGGUUAGCUCUUGUUCACCUAUUCCAAGUUUGGUGGCAGAUAUGUCGGAAAUCAACAGUCCAUUUGAAGAGCACGUAAAUCACGUACUGAACACAAUAAAACCCCAGAACUGCAGAUUUAUCAGAGGUUUUGUAUCUGAAUGUGUGAACUCAUUGACAGGGUUGCUGUCAGGCUAGCUGUUUCCCAGUUUCCAGUCCUUUUGCCAACAUCGCUAAGUGCAUCGUAUUUAGCAUACACACAAGAGAGUGAUAUUGAUCUUCUCGUCUGAAGCAGGAAAGUGAAUAUGUGUAUUUCCAAAACUUUCUAACUAUUCCUUUAAAAAGGGGCCAGUGCUAAAUGUGUACACACAUCACACUGAUUGUGGAUAUGUUGCCAGACCACGUAUCCAGGCUUCAGUCACCCCCUCCAGAUACUUAGCCUUUCCCUUUCCUCUCAUCAUCAGCAAAACGACAAAAACAGCCAACUCAAUGGUGCUUUCCCCCUCUUUUAUUGUUUUUUUUUUUUUUUUUUUUUUUUACUUUCAUGGAGUACUGUGUUUACCUCUUCUUUUCCUCCUGCUCUGCUCUGAGGGUUAUGGCCUUCCCAGGCUUCUGGUGCUAUCAAGUGGGUGCUUCCAUUCAACCCUCUCCAGUGUGCUUAAAAGUGAGGCUGGAUCCAAACAAUAUAAAAUAAUAUCCUGUCAAUAUCUCUGUUGGUAAAUGCUGGUCAUGUUAUUGUUUUGUUUGUAUCUGUUUAUACCUCACACUGGGAAUUUUCAUUGUUAACCGUAUAUUGUUGUUUGUGCUACCAACAAAAUGGACACUUACCCAGUUGUAACUGCUCCCUUUACCCAGGCGACAUUUCUGCUGGUGUAGGGUUUUAUGAAAGGGAACACCUAUGAAAAGUCUCUCCAUCACACACUUGUUAUGGAGGUACAAUAGGAGUCAGAGAAAAAUGAGAGACAACGUAGGAGUGUGCAAGGAUCUCAUCAAAGCUGUUAACGACUAAUUUCUAAUUUUGCUGCUGCUACUUUUUUGUAGCCACCUUCAGUAUGACAAUGUCGAGCAGAUUUUCAUGGUUACCAAACCUUGAAUGAGGCAGUUGGAAAAGGACAGUGGAUGCUGAGAAGCAUUUUAAAAUUGCUUGGACUAACUCAUCUACUGGCUGUUGGAUUAUGGGAGCCUCCAAAAAAAAAAAAAGAGAGAGAGAGAGAGAGAGAGAGAGAGAGAGAGAGAGAGAGAGAGAAAAAAGAA